AUGAGUGCACCAGAGGCUCAAGCACCAGCCAAAAAGGCUGACAAGAAGUCAAAGCAACAAUCGCUCUAUUUGGAACCACAACCUAAGUUUAUCGAUGAAAGAAUUGAACUUUUCGAAGAGUUAAAGAAAGAAUACAACCACAAAGUGGCCAACAUGCCAAGAGUUCCUUUGAAGAUUGUUUUGAGAGAUGGAUCUAUCAAAGAAGCCACCGCCUGGGAAACUGCUCCUAUGGAUAUUGCCAAGUCUAUUGCCAAAUCAUUGCCAGAUAAGUUAUGUAUUGCCAAAGUGGAUGGCCAAUUGUGGGACUUGGAAAGACCAUUUGAAGGUACUGAAGGCCAAGAGUUACGUCUAGAGUUGUUGGAUUUCGAAUCCAAGGAAGGCCAACAAGUGUUUUGGCACUCUUCCGCCCACGUUUUGGGUGAAGCUUGUGAGUGUAAUUUGGGUGCUCACAUCUGUUUUGGUCCACCAACUGAUGAUGGUUUCUUCUACGAUAUGGCGGUUAGAGACAGUUUGAACCCCAAGGCUGAGGAGAAAACCGUCUCUCAAGCUGACUUCCCCAAUUUGGAGGGUGUUGCCAAGAAUGCCAUCAAGCAGAAGCAAAAAUUUGAAAGAUUGUUGAUGACUAAAGAAGAUCUUUUGAAAAUGUUUAGUUACUCCAAGUACAAAACCUAUUUGAUUCAAACCAAGGUUCCAGAUGGAGGUUCCAGUACCGUUUACCGCUGUGGUCCUUUGAUCGAUCUUUGUAUGGGUCCUCACAUCCCACAUACUGGCCGUAUUAAGGCUUUCAAGAUUUUGAAGAAUUCUGCUUCUUAUUUCUUGGGUGACUCUAAUAACGAAUCUCUACAGAGAAUUUACGGUAUCUCAUUCCCUGACAAGAAAUUGAUGGAUGCUCAUUUGAAAUUUUUGGAAGAAGCAUCUUUGAGAGAUCACAGAAGAAUCGGUAGAGAACAAGAAUUGUUCAUGUUUAACGAAAUGUCUCCCGGUUCUUGUUUCUGGUUACCUCACGGUACUAGAAUUUACAGCACUUUGGUUGAUUUAUUAAAGAAUGAAUACCGUAAGAGAGGUUAUGAAGAAGUGAUUACACCAAACAUGUACAACUCCAAAUUGUGGGAAACUUCUGGUCACUGGGGUCAUUACAAAGAAAACAUGUUUACCUUUGAAGUGGAGAAGGAGAUGUACGGUCUAAAACCAAUGAACUGUCCAGGCCAUGCCCUAAUGUUCAAGUCUAGAGAACGUUCUUACAGAGAAUUACCAUGGAGGGUUGCUGACUUCGGUGUUAUUCAUAGAAAUGAAUUUUCAGGUGCCUUGACUGGUUUGACUCGUGUUAGAAGAUUCCAACAAGAUGAUGCCCACAUCUUCUGUAGAUCCGAUCAAAUUGGACAAGAAAUUGAAAGAAUCUUCGAUUUCCUAAGUUUCAUCUAUGGUGUAUUUGGAUUUGAAUUCAAGAUGGAAUUAUCUACUAGACCUGAAAAAUACGUGGGUAAAUUAGAAACCUGGAAUGCCGCGGAAGCUACUCUAGAAGCCGCCUUGAACAAAUGGGGUGGUAAAUGGGAAUUGAACCCAGCCGAUGGUGCUUUCUAUGGUCCAAAGAUCGAUAUUAUGAUCUCUGAUGCAUUGAGAAGAUGGCACCAAUGUGCUACUAUUCAAUUGGAUUUCCAAUUGCCUGAUAGAUUUGCUCUAGAAUACAAGUCUAAGGAUAACGAUAACGAAGGUGAAACUUAUGAAAGACCAGUUAUGAUUCACCGUGCUAUCCUUGGUUCAGUGGAAAGAAUGACAGCCAUUUUAACUGAACAUUUUGCAGGUAAGUGGCCAUUCUGGUUAUCUCCACGUCAAAUCUUAGUUGUUCCUGUCGGUGUUAAGUAUCAACCAUACGCUCAAGAAGUUCGUGACAAGAUGCAUAACGCUGGUUUCUAUGCUGAUGUUGAUCUAUCUGGUAACACUUUACAAAAGAAGGUGAGAAAUGGUCAAAUGUUGAAGUACAACUUUAUCUUCAUUGUUGGUGAACAGGAAAUGAACGAAAAAUCUGUGAACAUCAGAAACAGAGACGUCAUGGAACAACAAGGUAAGAAUGCUACUGUGUCAGUCGAAACUGUGCUAGAACAACUAAAGAAAUUAAAGAGCGAUAUGAGAAACGACAACGUUCUUGUUUAA